AUGGAUGGUACUCAAUUGCUUGGAGACAGCAAAGCAAAAGUUGUGGAGCUAGAUACUACUAUGAAAGAAGACAUACCAGCAGCAGCAGCAGCAGCAAUAUCCCCUGCAUCACCACCUUCAGCAACUACAUCUCCUUCUCAUGAAUUCUCUUUCACAGUCUCUCUUCAUUCUUCCUCAACAGCAACUCUUCCUGCAACCAUCGACAACAGCAAUAAGUCCUCCAAACCCACAACUCAAAAUCCAUCCUUUGCCAUUGAUUUGUCCCCAGCAGAUGACAUCUUCUUCCACGGUCACUUGCUCCCUCUUCACCUCCUCUCUCACCUUCCUGUCUCUCCUCGCUCAUCCACCAAUUCAAUGGACAGCUUCACCCUCCCCAUCAAGGAAUUGAUGGGUGACCAGAUAGCCAGCAACAGAACUAGCACCACAACAAAUCCCAUAAGCCAGAAAGCCCAUAGCACAAACAACAUCAGAACCAGGCCAAGCAAUCACCAUCACGAGAGCAUCGAGAGCAGUGAAGAAAAAGGAAGAUCAAAGUCCAAGUCAUUCUCUUUGUUCGGGUGGAGAAAGAGGUGCGAAGCUAGAGAAAGGGAAGAAGAGAAGGAGAAGCAACAGAAGAAAAGGCUCAAGUUCGAUGUUAGUCAUAUACUGAAGAGGUAUGCGAGGAUUGUAAGGCAUACAUUCAGAGGGAGGAAGGAGAAUCAUCCCCAUUUCCAGAGGCAGCCUCGUACAUUUUCAGGCCAUUUGAGCGUGAGAAACAACAAGCAUGAAUUGAGAGGAAGGAGGGGUGAAUUGUUCUCUGCACCUGCAUCAAUGAGAACUUCUCCAUCUAACAGUGGGGUUCUUUGCACCAUUCCUCCUUCUACAAACGACAGCACCAUGGAGGAGCUGCAGGCUGCAAUUCAAGCUGCAAUUGCUCAUUGCAAGAAUUCCAUAGCCACCGAAGAGAAGAACAAAUGUUGA